UUAAUUCUUUUGCAGGCUGAUUUGAACACCAAAAUUGAAGACGAAUCCGGAUCUUUCUAUGGCGUUUCCAGCCAGUAUGAGAGCCCUGAAAACAUGGUCAUUACCUGUUCCACUAAAGUAUGCUCCUUUGGAAAGCAGGUGGUGGAGAAAGUGGAGACUGAGUAUGCACGCUAUGAAAAUGGACACUAUUCCUAUCGCAUCCACCGCUCCCCUCUCUGUGAAUACAUGAUUAACUUCAUCCAUAAACUUAAGCACCUCCCUGAAAAGUAUAUGAUGAACAGUGUGCUGGAGAACUUUACUAUCUUACAGGUUGUGACAAACAGGGACACACAAGAGACCUUGCUGUGCAUAGCAUAUGUUUUUGAGGUGUCAACUAGUGACCACGGUGCCCAGCAUCACAUCUACCGGCUGGUGAAGGACUAGACUCUCUGCCCCAAGUCAUCCAUGGGAUAUAUGUCUGAGGAAAAGCCGAUGCUUGAACACCCCCAACCCCCCAAUAUCAAAUCAAAAAAUAAACUGCAGAUAUUGUGUAUU